AUGUCCAUUUCGGACCAACAGUAUCCUCUCGGAAAAUCCGUAAAAAUCGACCAUGACGGGGUUCGGGUGAACGCCGGGAUGAUGCCGUACAUGACGAUGAUCCCGGACGAUAUCAAGAGCCCACAACACGUGAAGCAGGAAACGCGCUUGUUCCAUCCAUCGUUCCCGUCACCAUCCGAGUUCGGGCAAGCUCCUCUGACGCCCGAGUCAGGGUUUUACGACGAUUAUUAUGGUCCCGGAGGUGCCUACGCAAAUUCGACCACAGCUAGCCCACCUAACCAACUUCUUAUGCCUAUGCACAGACUGCAAGCGAUGGAAGGUGGAAUGAUGGCACAAUUUUCUGGCCAACAACAGCCACCGACUCAACAGCAGCAACAGCCACCACAGCAACGGCAGCAGCAGUUUUUCGUGCAAACUUCACCCAGUGCGCAUAACCCCCAAGAACAGGAGAUGAGUCAAGAAAAAAUCACACAUCGUAUGACACCUAUAAUUAAUGCUUAUGUACAGUACAGCUAA